AUGAUAGCCAAGCUUGGUAAGGGAACACUUCUGGGGAAAAUAGACAUAAAGUCAGCCUUCAGAUUACUUCCAAUACAUCCAGGUGACUUUGAUCUGCUGGGAUUUAAGUUUGAGGACAACUAUUAUAUUGACAAAUGUCUCCCUAUGGGAUGUUCAGCUUCGUGCAACCUAUUUGAAAAUUUUUCAACAUUUCUGCAUUGGCUAGUGGAGAACAGGCUAGGUUUAUCUAGUUUGGAUCAUUACCUUGAUGACUUUCUCUUCUGUGGGGAAAAGGGUUCAAAUAAGUGUCACCAAUUAAUGGUUGGUUUCCAAAACAUAUGUUUGGAGUUGGGGGUUCCAUUAGCACAGGAACAAACUAUCGGCCCAGUCAAGUGCCUCAUUUUUCUGGGAUAUGAAAUUGAUACUGUUGAAAUGAUGAUCAGAGUACCACCCGAGAAAAUGUUGGAGCUAAAACAGAGCCUUUUGACUGUGCUACAUUCAAAGAAAAUCACUAGGGCCAAGUUAGAAUCCCUAGUUGGGUCUCUCAGUUUCUUUUGUAAAGCCAUUGUACCAGGCAGAGCCUUCUUACGAAGGUUCUAUGAUAUCAUGACGUCGGUGAAGGCAAAGUUUCAUCACAUUCGUAUCUCACAGACAAUGAAGGAUGAUAUCACUAUGUGGUUGAAAUUUUUGUCAGAUUUUAAUGGUAAGGCAUGCAUUCAUUCAUCUACUUGGCAGGACAAUGACACACUUAGUCUUUUCACAGACAGUUCAGGUGCUAAUGAUUUGGGCUGUGGAGCAUAUUUUUCUGGCAGCUGGGUAUUUUACCAAUGGCCUGACAAUUGGGAAGGUAAACCAAUCCUGGGUAGCCUGAGUCUCUUGGAGUUUAUUCCCAUAGUAUUUUCGCUACUGCUAUGGGGACCUCGUCUUGCAGAUCGAAGAGUAAAGUUUCGAGUAGAUAACUUAGCUUUGGUAUCAAUUCUUAACACUCAAACAUCUCGAUCCCCAGCGAUCAUGGUCUUGGUUAGAUAUUUCGUUUUGCUUAUCAUGAAACACAAUAUCCAGUUCAAGGCUCAGCAUAUUAGGGGUGUUGACAAUGACAUUGCGGACUCAAUUUCUCGCAAACAGUGGAAGCGUUUCCGGAACCUAGCACCAAUAGCAUCAGAGUACCCAGAGGCGAUUCCACAAGAAUUUCAUUCUCUGAUCUCCAGGCUGAACGUGACCGAUUGUUAA